UUUCAAAUCUCUCACACCAAAGCAACACAGCUUUGAUUUGGAAAAUACUAAAAGCGCUCUUCUUUGCACAUAUUUUAUUACUGAAAUCUUCUGUUAAUAAGCCUUGAAUUGUUUUUGUUUUUUAAGAUUUCUAUAAUUUUCUGACAUACAAAAACUAAAAUUGUCAUGUGGCUAUCUGCAAUCACUAUGCUGCUGGUGGUCUUGAGGAGCUUUGAUGAGAGCCUGGCAACAAGUCGGAAAGCUGUGGAGAGCCCAGGAAAGAAGCAGUAUCAGGUGCAGCAUGGGGCUUGUAGCUACACCUUUCUUCUGCCAGAGGUGGACAACUGCCGUUCUGCUCCUGCCAGUCCCUAUGUGUCUAAUUCAGUACAACGGGAUGCUCCGCUGGACUAUGAUGAUUCUGUACAGAGACUGCAGCUUUUGGAGAACAUCAUGGAGAACAACACACAAUGGCUUCUAAAGCUUGAAAACUACAUUCAAGAUAGCAUGAAAAAAGAGAUGGUGGAGAUGCAAAAGCAUGCGGUUCAAAAUCACACUGCUAUGAUGAUGGAGAUUGGGACAAAUCUGCUGAAUCAAACUGCAGAGCAGACCAAGAAGCUAACAGAUGUUGAAGCCCAGGUAUUUAAUCAAACAAGCCGCCUUGAACUUCAGCUUCUGGAAAACUCAUUUUCAACCAACAAACUGGAGAAGCAAAUAACUGAUCAAACUACUGAAAUAAACAAGCUACAAGACAAGAACAGCUAUUUAGAAAAGAAAAUUCUAAGCAUGGAAGAUAAGCAUUCUCAACAACUGCAGUCAAUGAAGGAAGAAAAGGAUAAACUUCAAGUCCUGGUGCUCAAACAAAACUCGAUUAUUGAAGAUCUAGAAAAGCAGCUCAUCACAGCAUCAGCAAAUAAUUCCCUUCUACAAAAACAGCAGCAUGACUUGAUGGAGACUGUGCACAAUUUGUUAACAAGGAUGGCACCUCAAACAGCGCCAAUAUCCUCAUUUCUUGCCAAAGAAGAACAAAUAACCUUCAAAGAUUGUGCUGAAGCAUAUAAAUCAGGACUGACCACAAGCGGCAUCUACACAUUGACGAUUUCAAAUACCACAGAACAGGUCAAGACAUACUGUGACAUGAAAAGUGGAGGCGGAGGGUGGACCAUCAUUCAAAAACGCUUUGAUGGAAGUGUGGAUUUCCACAGAACAUGGAAAGAAUAUAAAAAGGGAUUUGGUGACCCUUCUGGAGAAUAUUGGCUGGGCAACGAGCUUGUCUCACAACUGACAAAUCAACAGCGUUAUGUUCUGAAGAUUCAGCUUAAGGACUGGGAAGGAAAUGAAGCCUAUUCACUCUACGACCAGUUUUACAUAGGAACGGAAGCCCAGAAAUACAAGAUUCACCUCAAAGGAUACACUGGGACGGCGGGCAAAAUAAACAGUAUAAGCCAACCAGGAAAUGAGUUUAGCACGAAGGAUGCAGACAAUGAUAAAUGCAUUUGCAAGUGCUCCCAAAUGGCGACAGGAGGCUGGUGGUUUGAUGCCUGCGGCCCUUCAAACUUGAAUGGGAUGUAUUACUCAUUGGGACAGAAUACAAACAAGUUUAAUGGCAUUAAAUGGUACUACUGGAAAGGAUCAGGCUAUUCCCUGAAAGCGACAACAAUGAUGAUUCGACCCGUUGACUUUUGAAUACAUGACUGAAGUGUUCUUAUUCUGUUACGGAAACAAGGACAUGUAAUAAAAAAAAUAUAUAGACCUGCCGCCAUGUGGAUUGGAGAUUCAGAUGUGAGACCCUGACAAGUGGACUACUUAACUACAGAGAAGAAUGGUCUGUUGAAACACAUCGCUAGGAUUUCAAGGCAGCUCUUAGAGAAACUUUCUGCUGUGUGCAACAUUUACUUGGAUGUAAAUAACUGGAACUGUGAAGUAUACAGAAGCCCAUGUUGUGCCCCUUGCAGUCUUCGUGGCAGCCUACCUGCAAACCACUUUGUAUUAUGUUUUGUAUUAUGUGGUGUACAUAUGACUGUAAAUUAACUGUAUACAGAUUUUGAGAAUGUGUUCCACGUAUAAAUAGGAAGAGGCCGGAUUAUAUUUUAUGACCUGUUUACAUAAUUAGAUUAUUAUAGGUAGUCACAUUACUUAAUGGAAACAGCUGCAUGGUAACAGCAAAGGCCACAUAAAACGGAGGUACGAUUCAAAUCGACAAUGAAUCUCGACAUCUCACUAAAAAAGUGAAUGGUAUGUGUGACCAUUGGCAACAUAAAAAACAGUAGAAUUCUUGUAUGGAGAACUCUAAGUCAACCAGUGAACAAAGGUUCCUAUUACACAGAUGCGCUUAUAUUUAUAGAUAUAUACACAAGUAUAAAUUAUAGGGGUCAUCCCAUGAAAAGUAUUACUCUGCAAUCAAUAUGGCAUUGCAAUAUACAUGCAAUAAAAGUAUCGUUCGGCUGUUAUGUAAAUUUUUCUCCUGCUGUCUAUCCUUGUCAUCCAGCUUCUCCUGCAUUCGGAGGUGGACUACCAUGCUCAGUCGCUUCUCUGCUCCCUUCCCCUCCCCUCAUUGCUGACAUAGUGAUGUUACAGUAAAGCAGGUGAAGCGGUCUUACACCUUUCAUUCAUUUAGCAAUACUUCUAAAUUCAUAGAAAUAUAUAGCUAUAUCUCCCGCUAGACAGCGGAGGAGGAGAUUGUGGGGGCAUUACAUACCAUAUAUAUCUGUAGGGUUAUAUGUGAAGGACAAUUCUAUCCAGGUGAGGAAGGGGUUAACCAAAGCUAACUGCAAUGCAACCUGGGAUCUGCAGGUGCUUGUUGAGCUACUGCCCAUCAACAGAAAGGGAAGAAAGUCCUCCAGAUGAGUUUAAAAGAAAAUUGUUCCAUUUGUGGGAUAACUCAUUUAAAGAAAGCUCUGUCCAAGAGCAGACUCAUUGGUAUGACAGCGAAGAAUAACGAUGCUUAGAGAAUCCACCAUGAAUAGCAGCAGUAGAUUUAACUUUACCGCCAUCGACAGGGUAGCAUCAAAAUUACUUCCAUUCAAUUUCUAUAUAUAUAUAUAUAGGUUUUAUAGAUCUAUUUAUCUGGAAAUGGUUUACAAAUCUUUAAAGGGAUCCUGUCCGAGCCUUAUUAAACAUAAUAGCGAUAGCUGCCAUCCAGCAAUGUAUACAGGCACCCUUAGAGACCCAGAAUGGAGAAAAAGAAAAACACCUCGCAAUCCAAAAAUUUGCUAAAAAUUAGCCAAGUAAAUUGUGGUGCUCAAGUAAAUGUCAUAAUAAUGUCAGUGGUAUUAAUCUCUUGAAAACUUGUACUAUUAUUGCACAUUGAAGGGCUAUCCAGUUUGGUUGUUUUUUUAUCUCCAGGAACAGCACUGCCCUUGUCUAUGGCCUGUGUCUACCACUGCAACUGAUCUCCAAUGAAGUGAAUGGGAUUCAGCUACAGUUUUAAUAAUUUGUA